GGCAGGGCCGGGCUGGCACGGCGAGGAGGGCUCGGCGCGGCAGGGCACGGCUCUGCUGGACCGCCGCCUCCAGCGCCAAGAUGUCGUGGCACCCACAGUACCGCAGCUCCAAGUUCCGCCAUGUGUACGGCAAAGCUGCCAGCAAGGAGAAGUGCUACGACUGUGUGCCCAUCACCCGCAACGUCCAUGACAACCACUUCUGUGCUGUGAACCCGCACUUCAUCGCAGUGGUGACCGAGUGUGCAGGUGGGGGGGCCUUCCUGGUCAUUCCAAUCCACCAGACAGGCAAGCUUGACCCACAUUAUCCCAAAAUAUGUGGUCACAAAGGGAAUGUUCUGGACAUCAAGUGGAACCCGUUCAAUGAUUUUGUAAUAGCUUCAUGUUCAGAAGAUGCCACAGUUAAAAUCUGGGACAUCCCCAAGCACUUGCUUACAAGAAACAUUACCAGUCCGAAGAAGGAACUUCUUGGGCAUGUUCGAAGAGUGGGUCUUAUUGAAUGGCAUCCCACUGCUAACAACAUCCUCUUCAGCUCCGGCUAUGACUACAAGAUAAUGAUCUGGAACCUUGACACCAGGGAGACUGUCAUCUCAAACCCAGUGAAGAUCCUUGACGUUCACAAAGAUGUGGUCCUUUCCAUGUCAUUCAACACUGAUGGUAGCCUCCUAGCCACAGCCUGCAGAGACAGAAAGAUACGUCUGAUAGACCCUCGUGCAGGAACAGUCCUACAGGAGGCCAGCUACAAGUCUCACAGAGUCAAUAAAGUCUUGUUCCUUGGAAACAUGAAAAAGCUGUUCUCUACUGGAACAUCUCGGUGGAAUAAUAGGCAAAUUGCGUUAUGGGAUCAAAAUGACCUUUCUGUGCCUUUACUGGAGGAGGAUCUGGAUGGCUCCUCAGGACUCCUGUUCCCCUUCUAUGACUCAGACACGCAUAUGCUUUACGUAGUGGGAAAGGGUGAUGGAAAUAUACGGUACUACGAGAUAAGCCCUGAGAAACCAUACCUGAACUACCUGAUGGAGUAUCGUUCUCCUUUACCACAGAAGGGAAUUGGAAUGAUGCCAAAGAGAGGCCUUGAAGUGUCAGCUUGUGAGAUUUUCCGUUUUUACAAACUGAUCCCAACUAAAAGCCUGAUUGAGCCCGUCUCCAUGAUUGUUCCCCGACGGUCGGAGUCAUACCAGGAAGACAUCUACCCCUUGACCACUGGAGCCCAGCCAGCGAUGACAGCAGUAGAGUGGCUGAAAGGAGUUAACAAAGGACCUGUUUUGGUAUCUUUAAGACCAGGGUCUGGAGCUGUGAAUUCAUUACCACAGUUUCUUGAGCAAGAGUCACUCAUGAAAGCUACUGACCAGAGACAGCACCAGGGUUGUGGAGGAAGGAUGCCACCAGAGGGCACACAGAAGCCAAGUGAGAUCAAAGACAGCAGAAAACAGUGGAAAGUGGAGGAGGAAUUGCCAAAAAAUGAGCAAAUGUGCCUCUCCAAUGGCUUUGACAUAUUUGAGUGUCCACCACCAAAAACUGAAAAUGAGCUUUUGCAGAUGUUUUACCGGCAACAGGAUGAAAUCCGUAGACUACGUGAGCUGGUAAACCAGAGAGAUGUCCAAAUUAAACAGCUGGAGCUGGAGCUCAGAAACCUCUGCACGGACCCAGGCAGAUACUGAGGGUGCUGUCUUGGAGCUCUUUGCACCCCUGGCAACUGGAGCAAACUCCUGUUUCUGCAGAUAACUCUUCCUAGGUUUUUUCGGGGGGAAAAAUUGAUGCUUCAGGUAGCAUGGACUUCCUUGGCUUGUGGUGGACACAUUUCCCUAAUCAUCAACAGGCAGUUCCUGAUGGACUUACUGCACUUCUUCAGGCUCCCCUUGCUUGCCUGCUCACUCAUGUCAGAAGCUCGUGCAUUAAUGCUAGUGGAAGACUUUGGAAGAUCUUGCUCUUCUGGUCCUGGAGAAGCCACCUCUUAAGCUUUUGAAAAAAACCAGUUUUGCUGCCUCUUCCCAUGACAUGAGGAUGGGAGACUGAAGGCAGAUUCCAGCUUGUUGUCCUGCCCCUGGACCCAGUAGUGUGGCUCCUGUGGCCACUUAUCCUCCUGCCCUGAUAAACCACUCUACAGCGGGGCUUCAGAUGGUGGAGGCACCAUCCUUGGAGGUGUUAAAAAAAAUGGUUAGACAUGAUGUUUCAGGAGCUGGUUUCAUGGGUAGGGGUUAUAGGGUGAUCAUCUUGAAAGUCUUUUCCAACCUUGAUGAUUCUGUGAUUCAGAGGCAUCUCUAGCUCCAAAGUGGUCAUCAUGCUCCCCUCUUGCCUCAUAGCUUGACCCUGCAGCUGGGUGGCUAGGCAAAGCUGUGGCUGCCCUGACCUGGUGCUGGGGAUAGUCCUGCUCUGAGCAGGAGGCUGCACUGGGGCUGCAAAGGGCCAACACUUUUGUGAUAGGUAAAGGAGAGUUGAUGUUUGCAGGUCCUACUUUAAAGGGGUGGCGGUGUGGACUGGUUCUCACCAGAGAAGCUGCAGGUGCAGCAGGGUCUCUGGGUCCUUUCAGUCAGUGGCCUUCUUUCCCUCCUUCUGCCAAAGACCAGGUGCAGGUGGCUGGGGGCCAUGGUCCUGUGGUGCUCAUCAGACAAAUGAGGACAACAUUUAAAGCUGCACAUGUUGGAAACAGGCAGCUUGCCAGGAGGGAUUAAAAGUGUGAGGGGGGAGGUGGAUCCCCAACCCCUUGCAGACCUUUCAACAGUGGUGCUAGAAGCGUGACGUCAGCCACAGGAGGAUCAUAGGACCAUGGUAGUCAUGAACAGUCCACCACAGCUGCAGCUACUGCUUCCUUAGUUCCCAGGUGCGAGCACCUUAUCCUAUGCCUGCAGCCACCUGCAGCUGCAGGCUUCCUCUUUCCAGCUGUGUUGUCUAGCUCCCUGCAUCCCCCAGGCUGCCCUGUCUCCUGAGGCCCUGCAGCCACACUCAUCUGUGCCCUUAAACACCAGCUCUUUAGCUUGCUGCCUUCCUCAGCCCUUUCCUUAGGGCGAGAGGAGCCACAGGAUGCAGGUCACGUCCUUGGUUUAAGGCUGGCACCUGUCACCAGCUUUAUGCAGUCUGGGUGCAGUGUGCAGCACUGAGGGAAUGCACAGACCUGCCUGCCUCGUUGGGGCCUAGGGGUAUCCCCUCAUUUGUUCCCGUGCUGUGGGGCAAGAGAGUGCACUGUCAGUUGCUCCAGGGUUUGAAUGCAGCAGCAGCACUGGAGGGGGGAGUGUUUUUCCUUGCCCUGAAUGCAGAGCUUAUGGGAAUGUCUUAAACCCAAGCAGCGCAAGCAACCACUAUUUAACCUGUAACUCUCCACCUCUGUUGUGACACAUGUAGGAGUGAAUAUUAUGCUGUGCUAGUUCCCUGAAGCCUAAUGAUUUCCCAGAGUCUUAAAAAACAACCAAAUAAAAAAUGUCCAUAGUAAGAAAUUCCUACAAAGGGACUCCUUAGCAAGGGAACUAAAGGCUGUGCACUGCCUGUGCUCAUGUAAAAUGCUUCUCUUGUUAUUCCUGAAAACAACAGCCAGCAGGGAGCUCAUGGGCACUACAUACUCGUAUGUAUGAGAAUCACACAAAGACUUUGGGAUCCUUUUGCUCUGCUGCAAGGAGUUCACCCAGCUUUCAAAAAUAUUUCAUUCAUUUCUAAAUAGCAAAAUCAGAUGUGGGUGCUGAAUAGCCAGAUACACUGUUGUUUCUUUCUGCAGCAUUACAGAGUGGGGGUAGUUGUUCUUCAGGAAGAGUCUUUUAGCGUCAGUCACUUAUUUAAUACUACUCUUUCUAUAUUAAUAACAAAAUUGCUGAAACCAACUUCAGCUCUUAUCUAAUCCUCUAGAAUGGACUUUCCUGUGCCCUGGGAACACUCUGCAUUGUGCGGUUACAUGCAAAAGCAGCUCACCCCAGAUACAGAGCUUUAAUUCAAACACAUGGAUCUUACACCAGAAGUGGUCCGACUUUCUCACCAAAGACAAGAGCUACGUAAGAAAUUGACAAGCUCCCAUUUUUUUAGCCGUGUCAAAGAGGCCUGACAGCUUCAAACUUGAAAGCUUUUUUUACAGAGGAUAGCCCUAGGGAAAGGACCUUCUUGGUUCUCAAGCUAUCAUUAUCAGAAGCGAGAGCACUUGACAGGGCCUCAACAGUCCAGGGGGUACAACACUUCUUUUUCCACCAUGUGUUUUAUUUGCUGGAUUUCUUUUUCCUUAUUUUUCAUACAUAAUAAGUUAUUUAAAUUAUUUCCAAGUUAAAGUAAUUUUUCAAGGGGAUUUUAAAAUCCUCUUGAGGACUGUUUCUUUGUUAUCUUAUGACUGGCUGGUAUAGAAAAUAAUAAAAUAAUUGGCCACCUUAGUAUUUAUCCUAGGGUUCUGUUGAUCUUAGCAUGUUUGGACACAAAGUUGCUUUUAUGUAGGCUUUGCUGACAACAUAAGGUGAGACUAUUUAAUUAAAACUUCUUUUUUGGACAGUGUGCCCAUAAAAGCUUAGACUGUGAAAUGUAUUUCAAUUUGGAGCUUAAAUACAACCAUAAAUCUUUCACACAGAGAAAAAAAGUGGAUGAAAUGGAGUUGUGGUAAUGAGCUGUGCCUAAAUAGACUUAAAUGAUCAUUUUAACAGUUUCUAAAACUCCUAGCAGCUUUGUAAAACAACUGUAAAACAUGGGGAUAAAACCAAAUUUGUGCAAUGAUAAGCAAAUGUAACUGAAUAAUAAAUAUAUUUAGAGUUUUACUUUUUGAUACAUGUAA